AUGGCUUCAACCGCCAACUCCGUGCCGGCUGCCAAUCGGGCUUCUGGCAAUAACUUGAACCCUUCACAGAACAACGGUGCCCGCCAGCCCCUACGAACAAACGCAAGCUUCAAGGGUGCCGAUGCCAAUCGACGACAGUCCGCAAGCCCUGGUGAUGGCGCUCAGAGACGGUCUAGCUCCCAGAAAGCAUGGACUCAAGGUAUAAAUCCAAUCACUCAGAAAGCCUCCUCCCAGCCAAACGGCAACCACGCUCCAACGAAAUCCACUCCAUCACCAAAACCUACUUCGCCGAAAGAUACUACCAACACCUCUGAUCACAAUGCUCACGAUCGACUUGUGUUGUUGAUGACAAGCUUUAUCGGUCUCUCGGCAACCAUUACUACUAAGAACGGUGAGAAAUACAGUGGUAUAUUCUCGUCAUCCGCUCUUGACACAAAUAACACCUCCGUAUUGCUCAAGAUGGUGCAACGUGUGAUUUCAACGGAAACUCAUGCCAAUGGGUUGAGCGAUACCACGACUCCUUUUGUUGGAACGACUCCAGAUCAUAGCAUGAAAUUCAAGGUCGAUGAAAUCACUGAUAUCGUCGUGAAUAAUGUGACUACCGCUGAGGUGGUUGCUAAGGAUACGAAUGGACCUCACACUGGGUUUCGCACUGACACGGAUAUCUCCGGAAGUCUUACCAUGCGCGAAAGAAAUCUACAACGCUGGGAACCCAGCGCUACCGACCCCAACGUGGACAUGUCUUUGGAAGGUUCGGGAGCGACUGGCUGGGAUCAAUUCGAAGCCAAUGCACGUCUCUUUGGAGCCACAACCAGUUAUGACGAGAAUAUUUACACCACUCAAAUCAAUCGUAACGAUCCAUUGUACAAGAAGAAACAAGCUGAAGCUGCUCGGAUAGCUCGAGAGAUUGAAGGUACCGCAACGGACAACCCGCAUUUGAGGGAAGAACGUGGCCAUGCACUUGAAGGCGAAGGUCAAGAUGAGGAGGAGAGAUACAGUGGAGUUCGUCGUGAUGCAAACUAUCUACCCUUGCAGACGGGACAGCCGAAUAAAUAUACCCCACCAGCUCGACGACAACAAGUUGCUCAACAACCAGCCGCUAUAUCUGCUGCAGCAACCGACCCCGCCAUUAUAUCCGCUCAACUAGCUAAACCGGAGGCAGCAUCAGAAGUCUCCACUCCAUCAAAGCAGGCAGCCGUGCCUACUAUAACUCUUGAGAAGCAAAACACUGCGCCUGUUACGACUCACGGGACUCCCUCUGAUCAGAAGACACCAACACCAACAACAGCGACCGCACCACUUAAACGUCCUGGAGCUGCCGAAAAUGCGACAUCGAAUGUGGAAACAGAGGUCUUGGACCAUUUCCGACAGUUUGCGAACAAUGAGAAGAUGAGGAUGCAGGAACGUCGACGCAACCAAGCUUCCCAUGAUCGUACUAUCAAGCUCAAUGAGCUCAUGAAAUUCUCACAGAAUUUCAAACUCGCUACCCCUGUCCCCAAGGAUCUUGUGCCCAUACUUGCAAAGGAUCCAAGCAAACAGGAGGAAAUCAUUGAGCGGGCACAGCGUCAGGCGAAUGAAAAGGCAGCUUCCAAAACAGUUCCACCGCCAGCUGCACCUGUGACAGAGCAGAAGCCCGCCAGCACGACUCCUCGUACCACGGCACCUCGUUCGGAAGCUGGGCCGGCAAGCAUUCCUCCAUCUGCACCAGCUGAUCGCCAGACUCACCACCGUGGACGACAGCCAUACCCUCCUCAAGGGCCUCACUUUGGAAUGGGCGGUAGAGUGCAACCGCAGACUUUCCAUAGCGGUCGAGGAAACCUCAGCACACGCCUAGCAGACAACUUCCGCCAGCAGAAAAACGCUCUUGGAACAGUUCCUGCGCCUCUGCCCAUCCAUGAUUCUCGAAUUCCCCCUUCAGGCCCCUCAGGAGACAACUUGGUCAAGUCACAACUGCAGACUCCUACGUCCACCAAAUUCAAUGUUCAGGCCAUGGAGUUCAAACCCAAUCCGGCUGCAAGCACAUUUACGCCAGGCGGAGCUGGUAGCACUGGAGCUACCGCUAGUCCACAGUUGAGCUCACGUGGACGCUCAGUCUCUCGUACCAGCACACCGUCAGCAUUUUUCGGAAAUAAGAAGCCCUUGCCAGCGGUUGAGCGGCCGUCUCUCAAGAAUCAGUGCUCCCCUAUUGAGCGCUUGAAGAAAGAAGGGGCAGAGCAAAAGGACAAAGACUUCACAUUCAAUGGUGGAAUUCCACCACCAUAUAGAACUGCACCAACCUGGGAUGUCGCUCCUGGGAACGAGGAGAAGACGUACAAAGACAUGUUCAAGAGUACGCCUCCAUCGAUUUCGCCUCAAAGCCGAUCUGCGUCAAGCUCACACAUGCCACACCCUCCACAACACCCGUUCAAUACUCAACAAAACACGCCAAAUCUUCAUGGUACGGGUGGUCCUCUUCACGGACCUCCUCAUCUUCAACAGCAUCCAGGCUCUCACUUCGAUGACCCCCAUCGCAUGCAAUUAUCUGCGUCGACGUCUCACAUGUUCCCAUCACCGAGACUCCAGCAUGCCUAUCCUUCGCCUAUGGGCCCACACGCUCAAUUGGCUUACGGCCAACCCGUACCACAGUUCUACAUGAACCAAGGCGGCCAACAACCCGGUCAUAUGCGCCAAUAUCCCGGUGGACCUCAAUUUAUCAAUCCUCAAAAUGGAAUGGGUGCACCUAUGAUGGUUCAGCAACCGUCCAGUGGUCCAUACAUGGGUGUUCCACAGGGAAUGAAUGGGCAUUACAACCCUCAAAUGCAAAUGUAUUCCCCGAACCCGUCCUAUGCAUAUCCGCAACACGGUGGACCCCCUCCUCAACCUCACAGCGGAUAUCCAAGUCCUAGUCGAGGCGCUCCAAUGAUGAUGCAUCAGGGCUCGCAGCCAGGUCAACCACCACAGCCUGUGAUGUACAUGAACCAAGGCCAGCAGGGACCAGUGUACGCACCACAACAGCCUGGUGGUCAUGCCCCCCACCGCGGAUAUCCACAACAGCCACAAUAUAAUUCCGGUUCCCUCCCCUCACAACAAUAUCCACAUCAUCAACACCGAGGUCCUGCAAAUAAUUAUAGCCCGAUGGCCCCCCCGCCUCCUCAUAUGCAAGGUCAACAACCACCGGCCGCAACCACGAAUACCGCAGAAGCCUCGGAUGAUAGCAAAUGA